AUGUCCAGCAGCGAGCCUAUAGAGCCAGCUCCACCAGACACGUUAGACGAGGAUGAGUUUGAGGGAUCUGACUAUGGAGAGUCACUUGCGUCCUCAGGCUUCACCUCGCUUGCUUCUCGUGUCAUGAGACAUUCUCAUGAAGGCGGAAGACGGUACCAAUCAUUCCUACAGAGCAUAUACCCACUUCCAAACGAUGAGACUGAACAGUUCCGCGAGGAAAUGAAGCAUCAGCUGGUCAAACGUCUUCUAGAUGACAACGAUUACCUGUCGCCUAUCAGCAACAAUCCACAGAAGAUCAUGGACGUCGGUACCGGCACUGGUCUCUGGGCUGUUGAUGUUGCGGACAAGUUCCCCAGUGCCCACGUUAUCGGGGUGGACAUCUCGCCAAUACAGAACUGUUACGCACCCCAAAACGUUGACUGGAGGAUUGACGAUAUUCAAGAAAGCUGGUCACCGUUGUAUGCCGACCUCGAUUUUGUCCACCUUAGGUCGGUUAGUGUGACCCUGCGGGAGCCAGUCAAGGUCAUCCACUCGGCAUACGAUAAUAGGAACCUCAAACCAGGCGGCUGGAUCGAGUUCCAAGACGCCGGCGUCAGGAUUGGGUGCGACGACAACACGCUGCCUGAAGACUACGCACCUGCCAAAUUCAUGGACACCUUCAUCCGCACAUUCAAGACGAAUUUUGGCUGGGACCUAGAGUUCCCUAAUAUGCUGCCUGAGGUCCUGAAAGACACUGGGUUUGUCAACAUCCACCAUCGGUACCACAAGCUGCCCAUCGGACCGUGGGCCAAGGACAGGCACCAGCGCGAAAUCGGUCUUUUCCUCAGCAAAGACGUAUUGUGGCAACUCGUCCGCGCUGUACUCGUCAAGUGGCCGCAGAUGGGCCUGACCAAACAGGAAGCAGUUGCCAUGGAACAGGACAUUCGAAAGGCGUUCGAAAACACCUCGUACCAUGCAUAUCUUCCGUGGAUCUCCAUAUGGGCUCAGAAGCCACCCAACUGA